AUGGCUACCGGCGUCACUGCAGCAUUCGUCCUCCUCCUCGCACUGGUUGCACAUACGGAGGCGCCGACUUCCCCGACGGCGACAGGUGGCUGCACCGACGAGCUGCUGUCGUUCUCAGCGUGUCUUUCAUACGUGUCGUCCCCGCCCAACGACCUCAACGAGAGACCUUCCGCCAACUGCUGCGCCGCCUUCAACUCGGCGGCGGAGUCCGGCGGCGCAAUCUGCCUGUGCUACUUCGUACGCUACCCUAACAUCCUCGGGUUCCCUAUCAACUCCACAAGGCUCAUCUCGCUUUCUUCCAUUUGCAAUCCAACUCCUCCUCUUUCCUUGAAUUUCCUCUGCUCAGCAUCACCGGCUCUGCCACCUCUCAACAGCGCAGCGACACUGGGAUUCACCAUAUCUGGGAUCCAGGGUGGCGGUGGAGGAAGUUCAACAGCACCUAAGAUUGGUGGUAGGUCACCAAAAAGCGGGGGAAGAGGAAGGCCAUUUUUCUUUCCAUUGUCAUCAAAUGGAAACGGCGCAGCUUCAACACACUUGUGCAGCAGCAACACUCUGCUACUACUCUCAGUAGCACUUGCCAUCUUUGUGUCACUCCUCAACACUCAAUAGUGUACAGUGCUCAAUGUGUAUGUGUAACUAUCACCCUUCAUAACUGGUUGCUACGUAGCAUGAUUUUCUUUACUAUCAUUGCUCUCAGUAGCAGUUGUAUAUACGUGACUAGUUGGUAGUCUAUAUCAAUAUCAUUGAAUCACACUUUUUUGCUAACUACUGCUAUUAACUGUUACUGUGUUACGCCUCC